AUGGCGCUUCCGAUCGGGUACAUGGAGCCUCCGCGCUACAUCCAGCCUUCCGCUCUCGCCGAGAUCCUGCGCGACCCUAACACGUCCAGUAAGCGCCCCCUCAUCAUCGACGUGCGCGAUACGGACUAUGCCGGCGGCCACAUCCGCUCGGCGAUCAACAUCCCGGAGGACAAUUUCAUGGACGACGACGACGUGGACGCCCUCGUGGAGAAGUAUAAGGACGAGGACGCCAUCGUCUUCCACUGCAUGAUGAGCCAGGUGCGCGGUCCUUCCUGCGCCAAGAGAUUCAAGGCCCGGAUGGAGAUCGUGCUGGAAGGAUUUAACCACAAGCCCCGCGUGCUGAUCCUGCACGGAGGCUACGAGCGCUUCGGACAAGUGAGUGCUAACUAA